CACACACACACACACACACACACACACACACACACACACACACACACACACACUGGCACUCCCGCUCGCUCCAGGGCUGCCGGGCACAGACGCGCUCACGAUGUGAUGACAGACACAGCAGCGACGUUCAAAGAUACCAGAUCGGUACCUGAUCGUCACCCAGAGAUCCGCGAGCACCACGGAUGACGGUAUAGAGCGGAAACCUCAUGUACAUGUAUGAUCUAAUAGUUAUGCGUUUCCCACUCGUUUAUCUGCGCUCAGCGAGGGGACCUUCCGAUGGACUAACAGUCACAGCAACAGCUACGAUCCAAUAGACGAUCCAAACUACUUUUCUGCCCCUUUUUUGGACUGGCAAUUAAGGAAUUCCGGACAAUUAGGAGAUCCGGGAGCGACGGGACCGCAGCCCGUUGCACGGAGAUGGACGGGCGCGCGUGGAUCCCGUUCUCCACAAUGACAAUGAAUUGUUGUGUUAUUGUUUUGAUGUGAUAGAGUCGAGGGCUUUGAGGUGGUCGGGGCAUUAAAACGUGGGGAAACUCCAAGGACUAUUUUUUAGAGUGAGUCGUUAUGAUCGUUGGGUCGCAGCUCAUCCCUGGCGCGCAUCCAAACGUUCGAUGCCCGGUGGAGGAAUAGCUAAUCGCUGGGUGUAUGCGGUGGGUUAUGCCACAGGUGUAUGAGGUCCGGUUUACAAUUCGGAUAACUUCCCCUAUCGAGUGCACAAGUAUGGCGAGACUAUAGGCUACCGUGAGCUAUGUAGUGGAAGACAUUCAUUUAAGUUCUGGAUUAUUUUUAAUUGAUUUGAGAAUUUGGAGAGGGAUCUUUUGCAAUUUAGUGGAAAAUGGAUCUAAAAGUAGAUUCCGAAGAAAUGGACAUCCGUCAACCUCCCUCUUUGGAGGUGUUCUCCCGCAACUCGACCCUACACGGAAUCUCUCACAUCUUCACCUACGAACGCGUGUGCGUGAAGCGCUGCCUGUGGCUGACCUUCUUCCUCAGCUCCCUGGCGUGUCUGCUCUACGUGUGCGUGGACCGGAUCCACUUCUAUCUGGAGUACCCACACGUCACCAAGCUGGACGAGGUCACGACCCCAAUGAUGGUGUUCCCAGCCGUCACAUUUUGCAACUUGAACUCGUUCCGCUUCAGUCGCGUCACCCGGAAUGACCUGUACCACGCGGGGGAGCUGCUCUCACUCCUCAAUCAGAGGUAUGAGAUCAGGGACAUACACCUGGUGGAGGAGAAUGUUCUGGAGUCCCUGAAGCUCAAAGCGGACUUCCACAACUUCAAGCCGCGGCCCUUCAACAUGCGGGAGUUCUACGACCGUACGGGCCACGACAUCAGCGACAUGCUGCUCUCCUGCCACUUCAGGGGCUUGGAGUGCCGAGCGGAAGACUUCAAAGUCGUGUUCACUCGCUAUGGGAAGUGUUACACGUUCAAUGCAGGAGUCGACGGCCGCUCUCCACUCAUCACCACCAAGGGAGGGAUGGGCAACGGCCUGGAGCUCAUGUUGGACAUCCAACAGGACGAGUACCUGCCUGUCUGGGGAGACACGGAGGAGACCUCAUUCGAAGCAGGAGUCAAAGUUCAGAUCCACAGCCAGGAGGAGCCGGCGUUCAUCGACCAGCUGGGCUUCGGCGUGGCCCCCGGGUUCCAGACGUUUGUCUCCUGCCAGGAACAGAGGUUGAUCUACCUGCCCCCACCCUGGGGGGACUGCAAGGUGACCCCCAUGGACUCAGACUUCUUUGAGAGCUACAGCAUCACAGCAUGCCGCAUCGACUGCGAGACGCGCUACCUGGUGGACAACUGUAACUGCCGCAUGGUGCACAUGCCCGGUGACGCACCAUACUGCACCCCUGAGCUGUAUAAAGAAUGUGCUGAUCCAGCUCUGGACUUCCUGGUGGAGCGGGACAAUGACUUCUGCGUGUGCGAGACUCCCUGCAACAUGACGCGCUACAGCAAAGAGCUGUCCUUCGUCAGGAUCCCCAGCAAAGCAUCCGCCAAGUACCUGGCCAAGAAGUACAACAAGUCCGAGCAGUACAUCGCUGAGAACCUGCUGGUGUUGGACAUCUUCUUUGAGGCCCUGAACUAUGAGACCAUAGAGCAGAAGAAGGCCUACGAAGUGGCAGGACUUCUUGGUAUGUCAGCCUUAUUUCUCCUGCUUUCCCUCCAUUAUGGAGGGAACGUCCCUUCUAAUAUCUGUCUCUUAUGUGCUUAUGGGUUUCUUGUUCUAGGGGAUAUCGGCGGCCAAAUGGGACUGUUUAUUGGAGCGAGUAUACUAACCAUUCUGGAGCUAUUUGACUACAUCUAUGAGGUGCUAAAGUACAAGUUGUGCCGCUGCUCGGACAAGAAGAACAAGCAUCUCAACGACAACAACAACGACCACGGAGCCGUGCUCGGCAUGGACGACGUCAAGUGUCACGUCACCAACUUCCACUGAUCCUCUGGCCGGCACCAACAGAGAGAGGAGAAUGUGUUAUACUGUGUGUGCCUGCUUUAGGGUCAUCAUGCUUCACACAGGGUUUAGGUGCGGACGCUAUCUGGAUAGAUUCAUCAUUACGUCUCAUUUAGAUGCUGCAUCGGCCUAGGUAGACACCUUUGCAAAAGACAGGGACGUAACCAUUUACAGAACCAUUUGCUGUGGCUCAGCUGGUGAUGCCCUUCAUCGGGUGUGUUAUCACACAGGUGAUGUGAUACCAUGGUGUCAGCUCCCCCGGUAUAUUUGGGUUUGAAUAUUUAUUGUUAUUAUUAUAUGAGUUAAGAAUUUGGGUUUCAGUGUCGCAUGCACAUUUCUUUUAAUUAUUACUUUUAUACAUUUAGUAUAUUCAUUAUUUAUUUAUGUUCCUAUUUGUAUCAUCCAAAAAGUAAUUUCUGUAUCGUUGUUUUAUAUCAGUCCUGCCCUAUUUUGUCAAGAAACUACCUCAUCUUUCAAGGCAGAGAAAUUGUAAGAAAGAUUAAACUAAUUAUGGUUGAGGAAUAAAUUGAAAAUGAUUCCUGGCAUGGGAAUAUAUCAUAUACAACUCAUAAAUUGUUUUCAUCAAGAAUGAAAAGAUAAAAACAAAUCAUAGUUCAGUUGAUAAAAAAAAAAAAAUCUGAUGCUAUGGAAUCAGUUUACCUUGGGUGACAAUCAAUACAAACAUUCAAAAUGACAAGGGUUUAAAGGGCACAUCGGGCACAUGAAACCAAACAAUAUUGAAAUUGAAAUGUAGACAACAUCUAUUUGUUGUCUUUCCAACAAGCUAUUUAAAGGGUUUUACACAUUUGCCAUGAGAGACUUUAAGAUGUACGUCAUUGCAAACCGAUCUAUUUUCUUUGUUGAUAUUCAAUGCUGAAUGUGUUCAGGUUUCCUCUGUAUCCACAGGGCUCCUCGCUUGCAUGACACAUUGUGCUGUUGCGUUUUCAUUUACAGUGAGCAGUAUAUCGGCAUGCCUAUCUGCUGAAUGUUUCAUCACUGUGUGUCUGUUUUUUUGUGUAUGAUUUGUGUGUGUGUGUGGGUGUGGGCUAUGUAUGUGUGUGUGCAUGCAUGUGGGUUUUUAACAGACGUAAGUUAAGUAUGAUUAUUUUCGUUUCCUGUAUGUCUGUAAUUCAAAUUGUUAGUACUCUGCAAGCAGAGAUUUGGUUCUAAUGGUGUAUGUAUUCCUAUAAUGUGUGUGUGUGUGUGUGUGUGUGUGUGUGUGUGUGUGUGUGUGUGUGUGUGUGUGUGUGUGUGUGUGUGUGUGUGUGUGUGUGUGUGUGUGUGUGUGUGUGUGUGUGUACGUGUGUGUGUGUGUGUGUGUGUGUGUGUGUGUACGCUAGGCGGCUUCUAUGAGGGGAAUCAGAACAUACUAUACUAUUGACAAUGAACACUACUGUACUCUAAUGGGACCUCUUAACACUCGCUAAAGCUAUACUGUGUACUGCUAUUAUUAAGCACAACAGUAAAUCAACUCUAAAAAAAGAUGUAAAUAUUCCAAUGGCUGUGGAUCGCAUUGUUUGUAAUGUGCUACUCUGUCUAUUAUUGUACUUGUUGCAACUGAAUAUAAACUAUGUAUGUAUUUAGUUAUAAAUGCUGCUCAUUAAUGAAUUAUUCUAAUUCAACCAUAUGUACCAAUAAUAUAUUGGUAGAAUCACCUGUGUGUUAAUUAAGUUAAAAGCUGUCCUUAAUUAAAAGAGUCUCCUCGCUGGGAAUAAUAUUAGCUUGGGGCUGCAGGCUGGAACGCUUUGGGAACUGCUAUGAAUUCCAAUUAAAAAAAAAUCAUUUAUAAUAGUUAAUCACGUGUAAAGGGGUUGACAGGGGUCAAAAAUGUCUAAAUUGAAACAGGCAUUCAAAAAUGCAAUGGCUCCUUAUAGGGUCGAUAAAUAGUGCUCAAUCUUUUUUGAACACUGUCUUACUGUAACACAACGGGGUCCUUUGUUGGGAUAUCAAAGAAUAAAAUGCUUCUUUGAGCUGAUUGAAUCGG